GACAGCUUGACAGCCUGUCGUACCUUGUGAGGGUCACUAUGGUUCUGGUUCGUGUUUGAGACUCUUGGAGGUCCUGAUGUUCAGGCUGGUGCUCCGGAGGUUCAGCGGGUCUCCUCUCCUCCUCUCUGCCCACUCAUGUCGCUCCUUCAGCGGCUCUCCUCCUCCAGAGAUGCCCGCUGCUCUGGUCCGCAGCACCUUCCUGGACUUCUUCCGGGACCAGCACGGACACCAGCUGGUCCCGUCCUCUCCAGUCCGGCCCAGAGGAGACCCCAGCCUGCUGUUCGUCAACGCCGGCAUGAACCAGUUUAAACCCGUCUUCCUGGGUACCGCUGACCCUCGUAGUGAGAUGUCUUCGUAUCAAAGAGUCGUCAACACUCAGAAGUGCGUUCGAGCCGGAGGGAAACACAACGACCUCGACGACGUCGGACGAGACGUUUAUCAUCACACAUUCUUUGAGAUGCUCGGGAACUGGUCCUUUGGAGACUACUUUAAGGAGGAGGCGUGCUCUAUGGCGUGGAGCCUCCUCACAAUGCAUUAUGGGAUACCUGCAGACAGACUGUACGUGUCGUACUUUGCUGGAGACGCUGCAUCUGGUUUACCUGCUGACGAGGAGACUCGACUCAUCUGGCUGGAGAUCGGGGUUCCUCCGGGUCGCCUCCUGCCGUUCGGCCUGAAGGAGAACUUCUGGGAGAUGGGGGACUCUGGUCCAUGUGGUCCCUGCACCGAGAUCCACUACGACCACGUGGGGGGACGGAACGCCGCGGCGCUCGUCAACGCCAACAGUCCUGAAGUGGUGGAGAUCUGGAACCUGGUCUUCAUGCAGUACAACAGGGAGGUGGACCACAGUCUGCAGCAGCUUCCCCGGUUCAGUGUGGAUACUGGGAUGGGACUAGAGAGACUGGUGAGCGUCCUGCAGGGUAAAAGAUCAAACUACGACACGGACCUGUUCACUCCACUGCUGCACGCCAUACACCAGAGGUCGAAGGUGAGGCCGUACGGUGGGCGGACGGGCUCGGCGGACCAGAUGAAGGUGGACACGGCGUACCGAGUGGUGGCCGACCACAUCCGCACUCUUUCGGUCUGCAUCGCCGACGGAAUUCAUCCAGGCAUGUCGGGAGCAGAGUUGGUGUUGAGGAGGGUUCUGCGGCGGGCGGUUCGGUUCUGCGUCGAGGUCCUUCAGGCUCCUCAGGGAGUGCUGGCCAGCCUGGUUCCUACCGUCACGCACAGCCUGGGUGACGUGUAUCCAGAGCUGCACAGGGAGGCAGACGGGAUCCAGGACGUCAUCAACGAGAACGAGGCUCACUUCCUGUCGUCUCUGCAGCAGGGCAGCAGGCUGAUCCACCGGACGCUCCUCAGAAAGGACUACAAACAUGGAGUCUUCUUCCCAGCCUCGGUGGCCUGGUCUCUGCACAGGGACCUGGGUUUUCCUCUGGACCUGGUGGACCUGGUGUUGGAGGAGAGGGGGGUCCAGGUGGACCGCGAGGAGCUGGACCGACUGGUGGCAGAGAACCAGAAGGUGACGUCCGGUCUUCAGUCAGGUGAUCAGUCUCGGUUGAUGUUGGACGUCCUCAGCCUGGCAGACCUGCAGCGUCUCGGUGUCCCUCCCACUGACGACAGUCUCAAAUACCAGUACAGACUGGACAAGGACCGAUACGUGUUCCCAGCAUGCAGUGCAACUGUCGUGGCUCUGUAUGACGGUCAGACUCUGGUGUCAGAGGUCACUGAGGGUCAGCGUUGUGGAGUCAUUUUGGAUCAGACCUGCUUCUACUCUGAGCAAGGGGGGCAGUCACAAGACCGGGGCUACUUCACCCGAGACGGAUCACAGGACGUCCUGUACCCGGUGGAGGCCGUGAUCCUGGCAGGGGGGUACGUGGUCCAUCAGGUGACUGCUGCUGACAACCUGAAGACCGGAGACCAGGUCCAGCUACACCUGGACCAGGUCCACAGAUUGUCCUGUAUGGUGAAUCACACGGCGACUCACAUCCUAAACUUUGCUCUGAGGACAGUUUUGGGUCGUUGGGUUCAUCAGAGAGGAUCUCAUGUGUCAGCUGAGAGGCUUCGCUUCGACUUCAGUGUCAAGAGUUCUCUGGACGUUUCUCAGCUGCAGCAGGUAGACAGGUGUGUUCAUGACAUCAUCUCAGCCAAUCACAUCGUCCACAGCCAGGAGCUUCCUCUGCAGGAGGCCAGGAGGAUCAAGGGACUGAGGACAGUGGACGAGGUGUAUCCGGACCCUGUUCGGGUGGUGUCUGUGUCUGUAGCGGUCUCUGAACUGGAUGAUGAGACGGACAGAGAGACGUCUGUUGAGCUCUGCUGUGGGACUCACCUGCUGCAGACCGGCGCCAUCGAGGAUCUGCUGAUCGUGUCUGAGAGACAGAUGGUGAAAGGAAUCAGUCGCAUCAUCGCUGUGACGGGACGGGAGGCCAAACAGGCUCGUGAGGAGGGUCACAUGUUGUCUCAGGAUGUGGACUCUCUGUCAGCCAGACUGACAGGCUCCGCCCCCUCCGGCCUAGACGCCGCCCAGCGUCUCGCCAAGGAGGUCGGGGUCCUCUCUGAUGCUGUAGAUAACACCCCCAUCCCUCAGUGGCAACGCAGAGAUCUGCAGAGUCGACUCCGAGCUCUGCAGAGGACCAGUAACACUACAGUCAGGAAACUGGAGACUAGAGAGGCUGCGGUGAAAGCUCAGGCUCUGCUGGAAAAGAACGGCUGGAAGAACCUACAGGUGGAUUCUGUGGAGACGGACUCUCUGUCGAUUCUGAUGAAGACGGUGAAUCAGCUGAGCGCUGCGGUUCCUCGCAGUCAUGUGAUGCUACUCGCUCACCAAAAGCAUUCUGGGAAGGUUCUGUGUGCCUGUCAGGUCCCUAAGGACUCGGCGGCCCUGUCGGCGUCUGAUUGGGCGGCGGCGGUGUGUCGUCACCUCGGGGGGGGUGCCGGGGGCUCUGUGCUGGUUGCCAAGGGAACGGGAAGCAGCGGUGACAUCACAGAGGCUCUGAGGUGGGCGGAGGAGUUUGCUCGCCAGGAAACACAACGAUGAUGUCACAAAGUGAGAGAUGACAUCACAGGGCACAGCUUGGGAGGGGCGGGGCUUCCCUUUGCUGCUGUCAGUCACUGAAGGGCUUUCAUGAACUGUUAACAAAGCUAACCAUUAGCAUGCUAACAUGUAGUUUGUGCUGCUAUCGUACUAAAGGCACAGGUGACUGUGAGGCCCCGCCCGGGACAGGUGUGAAGGUGUAUUAUUUAUAACUGAUAUUUUAUAAAUCUGAACUUUACAUAUUGUUUUACAAUAAAUCACUGCUCACUCAUUCA